AUAAUCCUCCUAAUUACUGACCUGACCUGUCUCCAUGCAUGACGCAUCUAUCUAUUAAACCUCUUGAGCACCACCACCUGCAUUCUCUGUAUCUGCAUCCUCUGCUCGCAGUCGCAGAUUUUCAUUUCUCUAGCUCCCCAGCCCACAAUCCAUCCAUCAUGGCAGCGAUGGCCGCCGCCCUCCUCGUCAUCCUCCUCUUCGUGGCGCCGGCGGCCCAUGGUACUACGCACCUCAACUUCUUCAUGCACGACAUCGUGACCGGCAGCAACCCGACGGCGGUGCAGGUCAUCAAGGUCCCGGGCUCCUCCACGGCCCCGUCCCUGGGCAUGUCCUUCGGCGACACCAGCGUCAUGGACGACCUGCUCACCGAGACCUCCUCCGCCACCUCCGCCGCCGUCGGCCGCAUGCAGGGCUUCUACAUGCUCUCCUCCCAGUCAGGCGCCGUCCUCAUGGUGUGCGGCAACCUGCUGCUCACCUCCGGGGACUACAACGGCAGCACCAUCGCUGUCAUGGGCCGCGACGACACCGCGGCGGACGUGCGGGAGCUCGCCGUGGUCGGUGGGACGGGGAAGUUCAGGAUGGCGAGUGGGUACGUGCUGUGGAAGACGAGCAGCAUGAAUGGCCCCGACGCCACCGUCGAGCUCGACUUGUACGUCUCCACCUCCAACGACACCACCACCAUCGACGGCGACGGCGGGUCCGGGUCGAAGGCGACCUCGGGCGCCGUGAGAGUCUACGCCGGCGGGUGGGUCAAUGCGUGCGUCGUCGCCGUUGUCGUUGCGGUCGUUGGCUCCUACCGCGUUUGGUGAGCUGACGAUGAGUGGCGGAGAGAGCAGGAGAACAUGUCUGAGUGCGUGGAAAACUUGGUGAGAUGUCGGCGUACGUAGUGGGGUUUGGUGAGAUGCUGCAUGCAUGACUGCAUGUUGCUGGCUGGUUCCAUCAUCACAUCACAGUUCUGAACCUUUCUUUUUGCUUGAGUUGUCAUGCAAACAUCUCCAUUGUUAAUCAGAGAUUCAUUGUCCCCUUUAA